AUGAGUGCAAAGUACCCGACAACGAUGAGUUGCCGAGAGGCGUUCGAUCAGCUGACGAGUUGUUACUCGAUCGGAGGUCAAUUUAGAAACUACUAUAGACAUGGGGAUUUCACAUCAUGUGACAAGCAGGUAUCAAAAUUCAAGUUUUGCAUCGUCCAUGGCAGCGACCCUGUGAAAGUGCAGGAAUGGCACAAGGAACAAGUUUCCAACAACAAGACACUGCAAAACAGCACCGGCAUCAUCUGGCAGGAGAAAGAGACCGCCGUGAAGAAGAAGUGA